CACAUAUCUUGCUUUCGCGUCUCUUUUGUCAUGGUAUUGAAUCAUGCGUGCCUGUCUUGCGCCACACUGAUACACGUUGUCGUGACUGUCAUGUAUAGUUGCCGUGGCGCGUACCUGUCCAAGCUGUCAAGGUGUCAAGCUACCAACCCAUCACCUGCAUUGCAUGCAUGUACCUGCCCUGCAUAUACUAUAUGUACUGUAGCACGUUGCGCCAAAUACACGCGUCUCACUACCACCCAUCUAUAUCACCACUCCUUCCUCACCUCUCCCCUUCCUAUCUCAAUUCACAGCAAACAACCGGCGUACAACGUACAUACCACCUCUCGUCCCCUCUCCAUUACAUCGACCCCCAAACUCUCACCCAAAAUCUCACUCACCAUUCAACAUCACUCAUCACUCACCAUCAAUUAUAAAUCAUACACCAUCAAGCAUCCGAUCCCAAUUAUCCGAUCUCAGAUCUCAGAUCCCCGAUCCCCGCCCCCAAACACUACACCAAACCAAUUCACCUCUCACCUUCGGCCUUCCCUACAAUUCAUCGCCAGCUAAUCCCAAUGCAGCCAUUGCGGCAAUGCAUUAAGUUUGGCGCCGACCGACCCGGCGGCGGGCCUUUUUUGUUUAAAUGGUUCGAACGGUUAAGUUAGGGUAGGUUAGGUUGAGUUUUGUCCGCGGACCUUUAGUGUUUGGGCAGAGUACUACCUAGUAGAUACGGGCUUAGGUAAGGUAGCUAGGUGGUGG